UCUCUGCAAAUUCGCAAACCAAAAAGCACAAAAUCAGCAUACUUACUUAAAACCCCUGAUCAGAGAGUUUCAACCGAUGAUCCUCAACCUAUAGUGCUUUAUUAUUAUGCCUUGCUGCUGUAUAGACGAUACAUCCAGGUUUUCUCUCACUAGUUCCGAAUGAAGAAUGCCUCAAUAAUGGCACAGCAUAGGCAACAAGGUGUCGAUAGAUUAGCCGCCCGGAACCACGGCAACGGCGCCUGGGAUCACGUUUCCGUCGGGAUCCGCGGCCCUCAUAACAAGCAGUUCAGGAAUCGCCGUCUAAGGGGUCGGAAAGUCUCGAUUGGAGCCGUCAUUGUAGUUCUCUGUUUUGUUUUUGCCCUCUCUAUCUUAGCUUACAUUUAUCUUUCUUCCAGGGAUAAUAAAGAUACGGAAAGAAUUCAUGGUCAGGAUGAUGACCUCAAGAGUGACUCUGAUUUUCUUAUAAAUGUGACGCGAACAAAAAAGUUAAAGAAACUUAUGUUUGGCCAUGGAUCUGUAACACAUGGUCGAGAUUCCAGGUAUUGGGACAGAGAUGACCGCAGAAGGGAUGAGGAUUACAAUGAAGAUAUCUUGGAAAACAAAACCAUGAGUAAGAAUUAUGAAACCAAUUCUAAGGCUAAUGACAGUCUAAAGCGGAGAAAUGGUGAUAAGAAGUCUUCUGAUAAUGAAUCUAAGCGUAUUGGAAAAAGUGGUGUCGGUUUUUAUAAUGAAGCUGGAAGAGAUGAGCUUAAAAUGUACGAGGCGGAAUAUAAGGCCUCCUUGGACCAGUCAAGAGAAGAACAUAAUGACAAAGAGAAGCUUGUUAGCGAUGAAUAUGGGAGACCUCAGAAUGAGGAACUUGACGGUGAUGAUGAGUAUGAUGAUGGUAUUGACUUCCAUGAUGAUCGGGAGGAAGAAGAUGAUACCACCGUACAUGAUUCUGACAAUCAAUUGGUUAUCACAGAGAGAUUAAAAGAUGGAGAUCAUAAAUCUUCUGAUGCCCUUUAUACAGGAACUAAAGCGCGUAUUACUGAGGAGGAAGCAUCUAAUGACACUGUUGAUGAUGGUUUUUCAUCGCAAAUUUUACAUUCUGACAAAGCAAUUGUUGAUAACAGACAUGUUGCAAAUAGAAGAUCAGCAUCUGGAAAGCAUUCAAAUCCCAAGAAGAAGUCCAAGCGCCGCAAAUUUUCUGGUUCUUGUGACAUGAAACUUCUGAAUACUUCACGGCUUGUAGAGCCUUUAGAAAGCCGAAAAUUUGCUAGAUUUUCCUUGCAAUACACACAAGUAGAGAGGCCUCAUGGAGAAGAGCACUGGGAACCUAAAUUUUCUGGCCAUCAGAAUUUAAUGCAGCGAGAGGCGUCAUUUUAUGCACGUGAUCAGAAAAUAAAUUGUGGGUUUGUUAGAGGCCCCAAAGGAUCACAAAGUACUGAAUUUGAAUUAGCAGAAGAUGAUACCAAAUACAUUAGUAGUUGCCAUAUUGCUGUUAUUUCUUGCAUCUUUGGGAAUUCAGAUCGCUUGAGAUCUCCAAUUGGUAAAACGGUUUCUCGUCUAUCCAGAAAAAAUGUCUGCUUUGUCAUGUUUGUGGAUGAGAUUACUCGACAAACACUCUCUUCAGAGGGACAAAUGCCAGACAGAAUGGGUUUUGUUGGUUUAUGGAAGGUUGUGGUGGUAAAGAAUCUGCCUAACACUGACAUGCGUAGGGUGGGAAAAGUACCAAAAUUGUUGGCACAUCGCCUUUUCCCUUCUGCAAGGUAUUCUAUUUGGUUGGAUAGUAAACUACGUCUUCAGCUGGACCCUCUGCUUAUAUUGGAGUACUUCCUCUGGCGAAAAGGUUUCGAGUAUGCAAUAUCUAAUCACUAUGACCGGCAUUGCUUGUGGGAAGAAGUCGCUCAGAAUAAGAAAUUAAACAAAUACAACCAUACCGUCAUUGAUGAACAGUUUGAAUUUUACCAGGCCGACGGGCUUCAGAGAUUUAACGCAUCUGAUCCAAACAAGUUUCUACCCAGCAAUGUACCUGAAGGCUCUUUAAUCAUCAGGGCUCACACGCCGAUGUCCAAUUUAUUUUCUUGUCUUUGGUAUAAUGAGGUGGAGAGGUUUACUCCUCGAGAUCAAUUAAGUUUUGCAUAUACUUACCAUAAGUUGAGGAAGAUGAAUCCUAACAAACCUUUUUACCUCCAUAUGUUCAAGGACUGUGAGAGACGAGCCGUAGCUAAGUUGUACCAUCAUAGAUCAGAAGAGAGUCGGAACAGGACUAAGAAUCUUAUCGAAUAGAGAAUGUUGUGCUACACCACACCGUCAUGUUAAAAUGGGUGUUGUGUUCUAUUUUGGAUUUUACUCCCCCAACAAUAUUUUGACCACAAAUUGAAGUUGUAUAUUGCCAACGACAUGUUGAGUUAAAAUCUAGCAGAUUGGCGCCAUUCCCACUAUCAUACAUAUCAUCGGAGGUUUACCAAUUUGGCUUCGGUGGAAAGUUAUAGAAUUUGGGUUAUAUUCGCUCUUCAUUAUUGUAUCCCCUUAUAUGUUCAUUUGAUUUGUCCGAUGAUUUGUUAAGGAUGCAAUAUGUCGAAAUCUCUGCCAAUUUGUUAUCUCAUUACAUUAGUUUUUUUUUUCUUUAUAGAGAAAACCUCUUGAGGAGUCUUCCAAAGCUUGUAUAAUAUGGAGUAUAAACAUUGGGAUUUUUUUUCCUUUCUGGGUUAUAUAUUAAUCAAUUCCCUUUCUUAUUACCA